GUGGAAGGUUAACCACUGAAGGAGACUAAACUAGGCGGCUGAAACUUGUGUCUGCUCCGUGGAGAUGUUGUAAAAACUUUCUGAGACUUCCCUCAGUCCAUGAAUGCAGCUGUAAAACCCUCCACACUGUCACAAUGUGGAAACCCGCCGGCGGAUCAAUAACCACCUUCAGCCCAGCAGCAGGACCCCGCGCUGCUGCCGCCGCGGUCACCUGUCUGCUUGUGACCGGGAUGCUGGUCGUCACCGUCGGGCACCCGGGCAGCGGCGACCCGGUGGAGCCUCCAGCUGCAGACCCGGGAGAGGAGAGCGAUAAGCGGCCCCCCGCGGAGAAGCGCUCCCCCCGGGCCGGUGGAGCAUCUCUCCCCGGGCGACCUGUUCAUAGCGGUGAAAACCACCGGGAGAUAUCACCGGCAGAGACUGGAGCUCCUGCUGGACACCUGGAUCUCCAGAAACAUGCAACAGACGUACGUGUUCACUGAUGAAGAGGACGAGAAGCUGAGGGAAAGGAUGGGAGCUCACCUGAUCAACACCAACUGUUCAUCAGCCCACAAUCGUCAGGCCCUCUCCUGUAAAAUGGCUCUGGAAUAUGACACCUUUAUCAACUCCGACAAGAAGUGGUUCUGUCACGUCGACGAUGAUAACUACGUGAACGUCGGCUCCCUCCUGAAGCUCUUGUCUCAGUACAGUCACACACAGGACGUUUACAUCGGCCGGCCGAGCCUCGAACGCCCAAUAGAGGCCACAGAGAAGCUUGGCACCACUGACAUGAAGCAGGUGCGUUUCUGGUUCGCCACAGGAGGAGCAGGAUUCUGUCUGAGCCACGGCCUCGCUCUCAAGAUGAAACCCUGGGCGAGUGAUGGCACUUUCAUGGCGACAGCUGAGCACAUUCGUCUCCCGGACGACUGCACCGUUGGUUACAUCGUGGAGGCGCUGCUGGGCGUGAGCCUCACCCGUUCAGCGUUGUUCCACUCUCACCUGGAGAACCUGGGGCUUGUGUCAGACAUACACAGCCAGGUGACGCUCAGCUACGGCACAGUGGAAAACAGCAGAAACACUGUCAACCUGAAAGGAGCAUUUUCAAUAAAUGAAGAUCCCACGAGGUUCAGGUCGGUCCAUUGUCUGCUGUACCCAGACACUCCUUGGUGCCCCAGCCCCCAGCGGCUUUAACAACCCAUCCAGGGACACAGGCAGAGGAGAAUGAGUAAACGUCUGACUAGACUCAAUGUGGAGGUGGAAAUCAUUGCAGACAUCCAAGAAUAAAAUGGAAUCUUACUGCUGCCCUCUUCUGGCUCUGAAACGUGGACAUUAACGUUUUCCUCACGUCCAACAGUGGUCUGAGUAGCAGACUUUUAUUAGUUUGACACCUGAACUCUGUUUGGUGUCAAAAGGCAGCAAGAGAAGAAGACCAAACUUUCUGGAUGGAUAAAAAAAUGGAGACAACUUUGCUGUUCUUAGAUCCUGAAGAUCUAAAGUUUGACCUGAGGGUAUGAAAAGGGUUUAUCCUCUGUACGGUGGACAGCUCCAAAUGUAGAGCAGAGUCUCUAUCUGAGGCUCAGCUGUCUAAGCUCGACAUCCAUCAGCCUUCUGUAGCUUGUUUCAUCAUUUUUUCAGUUUUGGUAACCCUGUACUCACAACAUAGCUACAACUAAGUCAGAGAGGGCAAAAAACAUGGCAGUCAGACCACUUGACUGUUAAUGAAAGUGACGUUUUUGUAAAGGCUUCAACAAUUAAGAUGUACCAUUAAAUUAGAGAGCUUUAGAGUUGCUUCAAGAUAUAUAUAUUUUUUUUUUUUUACCUUUGCACAGAGCAAAGCUAGACGUUUCCCCGUCCCCAUCUUUGUGCAAAGUUAAUCUAACCGGCUGUGCUCACCCAUCUCUUGGCAAGAAUUUCUCAAAAUGUGAAAUUAUUCCUUUUAACUACUUUAUUUGAAGGUACAACUGAAGUGAAAUGUCAGUAAUAAUCCCAUUGCACUGAUAAACUGUAGAGUAGGUCAAAGUUGAACCAGUAAGUCAUCUGUAAACUACUGUAAACUCUCUCUUCGACUAAUCUGGGUUUUUUUGCCCCUCCAAAACGUCUUUUUAGCGAUCUUACCACAUCCUCCAGAUCACAGCAAUUAACUUGUUGAGUACAGUGUUAUUAUAGAGAAGAGAAAUGAUGGCCAAGUUGUAAUAAAUCAGAGUUAUCCUUUAACUGUAGUGGUGGAUAAGUGGAAAUACUGACAUGUUUGUGGUGCUGGAUGAAAAGUCAGAGAAGGACCAAAGGCCGUGAACGUCUGUACCACUGCCAUGGCUAAAGAUGAGACUGAUUUCGAAUGUAGUUUUAUUGCUGUCAUCCCACUUUUCCACCAUCACAUACAGUCCUAUAUUAGUAGUACAGGAGUUGGAUCUGCUCAAAGAGACUCUAAACUGCUGCUGUUCAAUGCUUUUCCCUCACAAUCUUGUACAUUUCCUGUGUCUUGGCUCCAAUUUCUCAGCUGUGAAAGAUGUGAAUGUGUUAUUUGGUUGCCCAUCUGCACCCCUACAGGCUCCAGUGUUAACCAGUUUGGAUUCAAAACAUGAAGUGAAGUAAUCAACACAGAAAUGCAGAAGGAACAUUCAUUUCAGCAUGAUGUGGCAAAAAGCAUCAGGAAGGAUUUCAAUGGUUUUAUAGAAUCCAGACUUUUUAUCUGAAGUUCUCAUCUGUGUUCAGUAUUAUCUUUUCUCUUUCUCGCAUUGUAUUAUUUCUGCUGUUUGCAAUUCAUCAUAUGACACAAACAAGAUAUUAGAACAUUAGAACAUUUUGGGAAAUGCACUCAUUGGUUUUCUUGAUUAGACUUAGAUGAGAUGACUGAUACCACUGUACGCUAUAUAUGGAGCUACCAGUUAGCUUAGCCAACUGGAAACAGCUAACCAUGUCUUUCUUUCCAAUAUAACUCCUUUGUAAAACCACUUUUUAAACUUUUACAUGGUUUUUAAACUUCAGUUUGUGUACAGGUUAAACAAA